AUGACAGAACUACAAGAAGAUUUUACAAAAACAUUUAUUAAAAAAUUAACAAACAAUUUAAAAGAAAAUAAAUUUAAAGAAGUUUUGAAUCUCUUUGAGGAUAGUAAAUAUGAUGAUAUUAUUAAAGAUUCUUCAUGGGAUAUUGUUCCAAUUGUAGCAUCGCAUCUUACUGCAGAAAAUAUAAAAUGCAAUGAAGAUUUAAUUGAAUGUUGUAAAUCAAUUUUAAAUACUAUAGUAGAAAAAUGUAAUCCUUCUGAGACAGUAUUAGAACUAUUAGAACAAAUAGAAGGUCCAGAGGAUGUAAUAAAAUUUUCUAUAAUUUUAAGUAUACUUACUAAAUGUCUUUCUAAGAUGAAGGAUAAAACGAAGGCAAUAGAAUGGUGUAUUAGUACAAUAAGAUCUUAUAUUGAAAGUCUAUCUAUACCAGAAAAAGGAUCACAAAACUAUAUUGCUAUUAUAAAUAAAAUAAAAAAUGCUUAUGAUGCAGUUAUAUUAUUUUUAGAACCAUUAAUAAAUGAAUCAAAGUUACAGAAUUCAGAAAAAUAUAUUAUAUUAAGAGAUUAUUUAGCUAGCAUUUUAAUUUUUUUAAUGGGAAAGCCAUUAUAUUAUUUAGAAGAGAAAGAAGUAGAAUCUUGUUUAAAUCAAUCUUUACCUGAAAGAAUUGUUAUACUUACAAGUCAUAUAACUGGAGAUUUACUAUGGCUUUUAAAUAUUGUAAGUGUACGAAAUAAAAGGAUUAAUUCCAGGAAAAAGAAUAUGGAAGUAAACAAUUUUAAUCUUAAAAUAACACUUUUUGAAUUAAGUGAAAAUAUAUCAGAUUUGGCAUAUGCUAACUUUUACUUUUAUGUUAUAACAAAAAUUCAUUUGUGGGAAAGGGUGCCACAGGUAUAUGAUAUGCAAUAUAUUUUUCAAGCAUGCAUAUAUUUUAUUAUUAAAUUACUACAAGAACAAGAAAGUGUUACAAAAGGUUUAAAUUUUAUGGAUCAUCUUUUAAUGAGAAUGACAAAAUAUUCUUUAACAUUACCAUUAUUAGAAUUGAAUGUAUACUUUGAGUUGUUUAAUGUACUUACAAAAGUAAUGAUUUAUUGCAAUAGUAAUAAAGAAAGGAAAAAGGCUUUAAAUAUAUUUCAAAACUAUAUUGAUAUGUUUGACAUGCAAGCUAGGUAUUUUAUUGUUUUGCACUUAUAUCAAACUAGUGAGCAUUCGGGUUUACUUAGUUUAACUACUGGAAUAGUUAAAACUUCUAUUAUUGAAUGUCUUCAGGAAACACCUCAUCUACCAUAUUUUCUUGGUAGUAAUUUGGAAACUUUAAUCAAAUUAGCUUGUAAAUUACAUCAUGGUAGUGCAUCUGAUUUGGUGGAAUUAUCUGAUGAAAUAAUUACAAGUUUAAAUUUGUUGAGAUUUCUAUUUAUAAAAGAUAAACAAAAUCAAACUGGUAUUUGGAACUUAGUAAAUAAACUACAAAAUGAUUAUUUAAAACCAUUAAGAGAAGGAUUAGAUUUAUGUAGAGCACAUUGGAAAGUAAAAAUAAAAGAUUUAGAAGAACAAAAGAAAAUUCAUAAAAUAAUUGAAAAUAUAGAAUUAGAAAAAAGUGGUACAGAAAUAAUAUUAAAUGUUGGUGGUGAAAAAUUACCUGCAAUGCCUAUUUCAGAAAAAAUUUCAUUUUGUAAUCAAGCAAUAAAUGGUCUUGAUGUGAUGGAAAGCAUUUUAAUUAGAGUCAAUGAAUGUAUUGAUAAUAAUUCUUUUAAAUGAUAUAAUAAUUAUAUGUGUGAUUAUAAUAAUCACAUAAUAUUUUCAAAAUAAAAAUUGUACAUUUAUAAAGUGUAUAUCAUUCACUGUUUAAUAAAAUCAUACCUCAUUUAUA